AUCAGCUGUUCACAGUCCAUGUGCGUUACCCGCUUGCCACGUUUCGGUCAUACUCAAUUUUUCUUAAUUAACUCCCCGAAAUAAUUGAUUUUAGUGAUGAAAUAAAUGUUUUGAGAUGUCCUAUUCUCUCGUUCGCGCAAGUCUUGAUCUUGUUGAAUUCGAAACUGACGUUAAUCCAGAUAAAAAAAAGAAGAAGAAAAAACGACAGAAUGGAGUUCUCAAUUUAAUCCCAGCUCAUCAGAGACUUCCGCAGAAAGGAAAAAUCACUCGUUCCAGUAGACUCAAUUCCCAAAGUCAACAGAAAUCAUUGAGAAACACGAAAAAAUCAAUACAAGAUAAUGUUCAGAGACUUCUCUCAUUGAGCAGUCGUAAACUUGACGGAGAAACUGCUGAGAAGUUAUUUAAUCGAGCUGUGAAACAACCCGUAAGGAGAAAUAGAAAACCUCAGGAGCAGCAAACGACAGCCUUCACCGAGGAGGACUUCGCGAAAUUUGCAGCUGAGUACAGAGACGAAUAAUAAAAUGC